AUGAAGUACGGGGAAACUUUCCAACAGAGAUCAAUUCCACUCUGGGAAAACUAUAAUGUCGAUUACAACGAUAUCAAGCACCUAAUAAAGGUUCGCACAACACAAGGACAAGGUCAAGCAAAGGCUAUACCAGGUAGCGAUAGUGAAACAAAAGCUUUCCAUGCUUUCGAGGAUGAAUUGUAUCGCGAAUUGCGUGACCAGCACCAAAGAAUCGAUCUCUUUGUCCAGAGUAAGGCUGGCGAAGUAGGAAGAAAGCUUGCUCAUUUGGAUAAGCAAAUUGCACAAUUGGAAAUUCGAAGCUUCCCCACAAGCCGUGGGAAAAUACCCAUCAAGCGGUUGGAGAAAUUUUCCAGGCUGGAGGAGGCUGUUCUUAAAGCCGGAGAAGAAAUACAAUCCCUUUCACGUUUUGUUGGAGCACAACGUUUGGCUUUUCAAAAGCUGCUGAAAAAGUAUAGAAAGUGGACUGGCUCUUCUGAACUAGGCAAUCGCUUCCGCAAAGAAGUACUCGACCGUCGAACAAGUUUCUCGAAGACAGACUUUGAACCUUUACUCGCGCAAUGGACACAAGUCUUGGCGUCUGUCCGGGCACCUUUCGUUGAUGGCAUCAGUUGGCAAUCCGAUCCUACGGAACCCAAGAAAGAGGAGUUCCAAUCGCAUAGACCAGUGCCGCAUAAGUCUCCAAGCAAUUCUGCGCAGAAUCAGGCCGCAAAAAGCCAGCAUGUGAGCAAGGACCUAAGCAGUGCAGCAGAUCUACAGACAGCCUGGGAGGAUGGUUCAAAUCUUGAAAUAGACACCGCCCUCGCUACAAUACCAUUUGGUCAUAGGGCAGCCAAGGCGGCGUACUGGAUCCACCCAGAUAACAUAGUACAGAUCCACGUGCUGCUACUCCAGUACACCAGACUGCAGAAAUCGAAUGAGACGUUUUCAUCUCCAGAAAGUCCAUCUUCCCCCCGAGGGUCCAUAAGUGGCCAUCCGGCUAGGGGUUCUUCUCGAACCGACGAAGAGCUGGGUGUCAUCAUAUGCGAUGACCUCCAACGUUUUGCCCAAAGGCAGAGUAGCGAGACCAUAAGCGAUUCUGAAAACCGCGCAGGCUUCGCUCCCGAGAAAGCUGCCGCGAGUAUCAGGUACUCCUCAAAUGGUGACGCUGUCGUCGUCGUGGGCGCAGCCACCAAUGAUGCUAGCAAAUCUACGUGCUCGAACAGGGAGUUCGCCACCAGGAAAGCCAGGUUCAAGCGCAAAGCCAUACAACGGCUGUUCAGCACUUCCAGUGGAGAAGAAGGUACCAUAGCAGACGGCUCAAAGGAUUCCGAACAAGUCAGUGAAUGGUUCGUCGGGCACAAUGAAGUUCAGCCCUUAGUGCAACUACGAUUAAGGCGCACCCGGUUCGUUGGUCUCAAGAACAGCGCGACAAAUGGACUUUGGGCUACACUUGACAAAAAUAUAUCAAUGUGGAGCUGUCCUCCAGAUCUCCUUGCUAGUGACAAAGGCUUCAACACCAUUGACGAUGGAGGGGAGAAGGACUCCGAAAUCUUCCCACAUGCAGUCCUUGAGAUCAGGACCGAAGGACCAGGUGAUACCAAUGUGAUAGCUGCUUUAGACGCGUCGUAUUUGACAGAAAGGGUUCGAGGCUUUUCUCUCGAAACACACGCUGUGGCAACCCUGUGCAAGCCUCAAGGAAUGCCACGUCCAUUUUGGGUAGGUGCUAUGUCCAUGUCUCUUAAUCUACUGACUGAGGACCAGCUCCCAGCCUUAAAGCAAGAUAUACGCAAGGUCCCAGCAACAUCGAAAGUGCCAAAGGCGCGCAAAUCGCAAGGCCGUUCUAGUCCUGAAGAGUCAAGCACUCGGCAUACAUCCGUCUCAGCGUCAUCGACGAAGAACGGCAUAUCAAGCGGCGGUUUCUCGGCGCUGCGCGGAGAGUCCUCUGCAACGUCGGCGCCAGACACUCUUGCCACUCCGCCUCUCGACGCCUCUAAGAAGAUAAAGAGACGGCGGUCAAAUCGCAAGCAGAUGCCCCCAAAACGAUUGCGAGAGCCAGCUCAGCCUAGAUAUGAGCGCUACUGGAAUGAAUUCGACGACGGCAGCGACGGUUCUCAAGAUGGAGCGUACACCAUUUUCGUCGAUCCUAAUGCUUCAUACAGCAUCCCUGGUGCAGCGGCAGUGUUCAGACUGUGCGGGUCAAUUUCCUCAAGCAUCAAGGCCUCCGAAGAGACGAUACUGCAUUGGUUCAGAUCGUUUCAAAAGACCAGGCAUGGCGAGCAGCGGCUUCUCGUCAACGGCGAGUGCUCUCCCAGCACUGCAGACUCUGACCAAUCCGACGCAGACUCCUCAACCAGACACGUGAAAUCGUCUCCACAUCGGCGCUAUUCCACCUUUCCCGUGCUCUCGCAACCUCCCGCUGCCCGCGCCCGCGAGGCCCUUCUCUUCCGCUCUUGCAUCGCCUCAUUUGCUUCAUCGAUUAUCCUUCUGGUCGUGGCCGCUUGCUUAGUUACCACAGGACGCAGGAAAGCUGCUAAUACCGUCGAUGCAGGUGUCAUCAUUGGCGUAGUCUCGAGCCUGGUAUUUGCCGUUAUGGGAGCGGGAAGUAUGGUAAGGAGAAAGGAUGAUGUUGGAUGGAUGCACAGAGCUGCCGUGUUCUUGGUUUUUGUAUGCGUUGUCCUUGCGAGUAGCAUUUUGCUUGCUGCGCUGCGUCUCUCCCGAUGA